CACUCGCUUCUGUAUGGAAUCAGGAGAAUUUGCAUUUGAAACUGUUUUUGGACUCUCGGAGAACUGCUCGGCAUCGGGGAAUCCAAAUUUUUCAAUACUCCAGACAUUUCCGCUUGGAUUACAUCGAAAUUUUGACGAAUUUAUUUCUUCAGGUUCUUUUCGAAAAUGAAACGAAUUCACAAAAGUACAAUGAAAUGUACAAGUAAAAAUGAUGAACGGUUUUGUAAAAGAGAAAAAAAAAUAAUCCAAAGGGGUUGGAGUUUCGGAAUGAGGCGCCCGAUGGCUCUCAUGCCAAUCGAACCUAUUUGCGGCUCAACGAAAGCUCUAAUCUGUUAAUAACUGCCCGGACAGGGUUAUCUCGAAAAAAUUAGCUGAUUACUAAUCAGCGUAUUGUAAAUCGUCAGUUUUAUCGACGAGGCUAUUGUGGGAACAACGAAUCCGUGCGGAAAGAGAAAACGGGUAAUCGGGCAUGCCAGAAUCGUUGAAUCUCGGUGUGAAAGUAAAAAAAGAUACGUGAUUUAUCGAUUUUCCUCGACCGAAAGCAAGCAGAGACUUUUUAGGAUUUUGUGAUAAGUCAAUCUUCGAAAAUGGCUCCUACGACUUGCAGUCCGGAUUCUAAAAUCACGUGGAUCUCGACAUGCUUCAAAAAUACUAGAGCGGAAUGUAAAAACCGUUUUUUAACGGGAUCCCAAGCAUCUUCAUAAAUCGUUAAAAUUAUUCAGACAAUUUAUAUUACCUGACGUGAUUCCAAUUCACGAAUUUACUCUGAGCAGAAAAAUACAUUUUUUCGAGAAUUUGCGAACCAUAAUCGGUCAACCUUAUACCGAAUUUGAAAUUUACCGAAAAUCUUUUGCUCGAUGUCUGCAACAUAUCCCAGAAUACAAUUGUGGCGUUGACUUCAUCAACGCUCAUUCUUUGUCUCAAUAAACCUGUCAAAAUUACAAUAAUCACUUUUUCUGAUUCUGAACGGUUGCUAAAUUUCCACGGAUUAUUGAACAGAUAAUAAUUAUAACGCAUCGUAAAAGUCUUUUCUAAUUUUAUUUCGGUCUACUAUAUUUAUUACACGGUAAAAUUAUCUGCCGAUGAAAUAUACUACAGAGUCGCGUGCCUACUUCAAACUUGGAGAACUAAACAGUUCUGACCGACGCUUUCAGCACUGAUGAACAUGUGUACGUAUUAAUAAUCCAUUCCUGGAAACAACUGCACGACCCAACACCGACUACCAAGUUACAAAGAUCAUUUUGUGGAAAUUUAAUAAAAACUAAAUAAAACAUAGUCACUCCCUGCUCCGAGCGCUAUCUUCGUCUCGUAGGGCAAGUAUAGAUUAAACCAUGACAAGCACAAUUGAAUGACUAAACGUUUUCGAAAAGAAUUACCAUUAAUUUCAACAUAGUACGUAAUUCGUAGACGUUCCAGCGUCAAGAAAUGUAUGGAAGUUAUGAAAUUUACUUAACUCAGAUAAAUUAGAAUAUUUGCAAAAUUUUUGAUAAAUAUUCGGAACGACGAAGCUUCGAUAAGCGUGCUCGCAUCACAAUUCGUGGCGUAUGUUGACCACCUGCUGGGAAGUUGGAGAAAUGAAAAAAGAAAAUGGAGAAUAAUCGACGAAAAAUUUAUGGUGCAGUUCACAAAAAUACGCCAGAAAUGAAGCAAUUUUCUUUUUGUAAAAUUGAAAAGGGAUUUCUUGUGAAAAUGAAUGUCCUUCAUUUCCACGAUAAUCUGUAAUCUAGUCUGAUUUAUUUCCGAAAACUUUCACGCACGAUUACACUCUCAGUCGUUUUGUUGAGUUCACAUGUACUUUGGAUAACGGUUAUUAAGGUUUUUUUAAAGUUGAAUGUUAAAAAACUGUUUGAAGCUAAGUCUACGAGUGCAAGUUCGAUAAAAAAAACUCGUUACAUCAUGACAGGCGUUGACUAAUCUACAGUUGAAUUCGAGGCCGUUCAAAGGUUGUAAGAGUUAACCCUUCGGCGUGAGUUUAAAAAAUCCUCAACAAAAGAAAAUCACAAAGCGACGGAAUGUUAUGAAACUUCAAAAAACUGUACGAUGUUCGAAAAAAUGUUAGAAGUGACAAUAGGCGAUAGUCGUAAUCGAUAAAACAUGUUCAUGAAAGCAGUCGAUUACGGAGCGUUGUAAAAGAAACAGAAUAAAAAAAGGCAAAACGCGCGAGUGUUUAUUUACGCGAGCGUACAAUAAGUAACAGAUAGUGCGGUUGCAGUAGUGAUAAAACUAAUAAUAAGAUGAGAUAGCUUGAAGCAUUUCUCGAUGAAUCCUAGUAACGGGACCGAGUCGAACCGAUUACUUGAGGUGGGGGUACAGUUAUAAGUCCGUAGUACUCGGCCAAUAACUUGCAGUUUGCAGUCACUCGCGACGCGAUCAGUGAGAACGGGAACUUGCGAAUUCUUGUACGUGGACUACGAGACGAGUGUUUUGCUUGUAUCGUGCGUGUGGCUGGGACUCGCGCGAGUGCAGAUGUGUGUAAAUGUGGAACGUGUUUGUUUGAAUUACUAUUACAUUGGUGGGCGUUAAUCUUCUAGAGGGUAAUUUUAUACUCUGCAAUAAUAAUAAUUAUUCUUAUUGUUCCGGGGAUAAAGCUUUUUUGAUUGUUGUGUUAUGCGUGGCGUACGAUAGGAUUAUUAUUGCGUAUACCGAGUGUCCAAAAAAUUCGGUCUCGCACAUUUUCGAGAUAAAUACGGAAUUGAAAGAAUUACUUUUCGGACACUUACUUUAAAUGUAAUCGAAAACAUGGAGAAUCAGGGAAAUCAUUCAAUGGACGAAUUUUGUGGCUCUAAGUUUUGGGAUUUAGAUUUAUCGUGGAACACGGACAAUCCAGAUUUAACGGAUUGUUUUCAAAAUACUGUUCUGGUAUGGACACCGUGUGCCUUCCUAUGGGCAUUAGUGCCAGUUGAAGCUUAUUACUUGUUACAUAGCAAACAAAGGAACAUAGCCUGUACGUGGAAGUUCUACUCCAAGGCUGUACUUAAUGCGGCUCUCGUCAUACUUAGCAUCUCUGACAUUGGAUAUGCGAUUUACAAGGCGUCUUCGGCGGUAGUGUACAACGUUGAAUACUGUUCGCCAAUAAUCAAAUUGUUGACCUUUGUGCUCUCUGGUGCACUUUUGCACUUCAACAGAAAACACGGCAUGCGUACUUCGGGAACUUUAUUCUUAUUUUGGUUUUUCCUUGUUUUGUGUGGAAUUCCACGCUACAGAACUCUAUUGAGCAGCCUUGAUCAGGCAGAGGUGACUUAUCAAGGCAAUUCUUACAUGAUAUAUUAUCCGAUAGUCGUGAUAAUGUUUUUGCUGAAUUUCCUUGUGGACGGUGAACCAAAGUUCUCAGAAUAUCCAUCGACAGAAAGACCAUGUCCUGAGCAGGCUGCAGGAUUUCCUUCGAGGAUGUUAUUCGUUUGGUUCGAUCCUCUUGCGUGGCAAGGGUUCAAAAAACCUCUAGAAGUUAAGGAUCUAUGGUCAAUGAAUCCAGAAGACACAGCAAAAGAAAUUGUACCCCGAUUCGAUAAAUACUGGAACAGCAGCCAAAGGAAAUCAGAAAAUGCUCAAGCAGCAAAGGCAUCGUUUCGGAAAGCUUCAGGACAAGUUGAUUUCAACAGUGGUCGCAAGAAAAAAGUCGCCUCUGUACUCAUGCCGCUUUGCAAAGCUUUUGGUCCGACGUUCAUCUUUGGUGCUUUUCUCAAAUUGUUGAUGGACAUUUUGACGUUUGUCAGCCCGUUGCUCCUAGAGAGGCUUAUCGCUUUCAUCGAUGGUCCGGAAGAGAUGUGGAAGGGUUACUUAUACGCCACGCUGCUUCUGCUAACGGCGACGAUCCAGACCAUUGUACUUUCGCAAUACUUCAACCGAAUGUUCCUUGUUGGAUUACGCAUACGAACAGCACUGAUAGCGGCAAUUUAUCGGAAAGCUCUGAGAAUGUCAAACGCAGCACGAAAAGAAUCAACAGUUGGUGAAAUAGUCAAUUUGAUGUCAGUCGAUGCUCAAAGAUUUAUGGACCUUACGGCUUACAUAAAUAUGUUGUGGUCUGCGCCGUUGCAAAUUGCUUUUGCUCUCAUCUUCCUCUGGCGUAAACUAGGACCUUCCGUAUUUGCUGGACUCGCGGUCAUGAUUAUUCUCAUUCCUGUUAACGGCAUGAUCGCCAACAAAGUUAAAACUCUUCAAAUUCGACAAAUGAAAAGCAAAGACGAGAGAGUCAAACUCAUGAACGAGGUUCUUAAUGGCAUCAAAGUACUUAAGUUAUACGCCUGGGAACCCUCGUUUGAGCAACAGAUCCUUGCUAUCAGAACAAAAGAAAUUCAAGUACUUAAGGAAGCUGCUUACCUCAACGCUGGAACUAGUUUUAUUUGGUCCUGUGCACCGUUCCUCGUAUCGCUCGUUUCAUUUGCGACUUUUGUCAUGAUCAACGACGAGAACCAUCUCGACAGCACAACUGCCUUCGUGUCCCUCAGUUUAUUCAAUAUUCUUAGAUUUCCACUUUCUAUGCUUCCCAUGAUGAUAAGCAGCAUGGUGCAGGCAUCUGUCUCAGUAAAACGUAUAAAUAUUUUCAUGAAUACGGAGGAACUUGAUCCGAACAACGUGCAACAUGAUCAAUCCGAGAUACACCCGCUCAUUAUUGAGAACGGAAAUUUUUUGUGGGACGAGGACACUGGCGAAAAACCAACUCUCCGGAACAUCAAUCUACAGAUUCAACAUGGCCAGUUAGUUGCUGUCGUAGGCACCGUUGGCUCUGGCAAGAGUUCAUUGAUAUCUGCAUUUCUUGGUGAAAUGAAUCGAACAAGCGGAAGAGUCAAUACUAAGGGAUCAAUAGCCUAUGUUUCCCAACAAGCCUGGAUUCAGAAUGCAACAUUACAAGACAACAUUUUGUUCGGGAAGUCCCUCGACAAAGCUCUGUACAAUCGUGUUGUCGAAGCUUGUGCGUUGGGUAUGGAUUUGAAAAUGUUGCCAGCGGGCGACCAGACCGAGAUUGGUGAGAAAGGAAUAAAUCUUUCGGGUGGACAGAAACAACGAGUCGCGUUAGCGCGAGCUGUAUAUAACGACGCCGAAAUUUAUUUUCUCGAUGAUCCUCUGAGCGCUGUUGAUGCUCACGUCGGAAAACACAUAUUCGAAAAUGUAAUUGGACCGUCGGGUUUGCUCAAGAAAAAAACGAGAGUCCUUGUGACUCACGGAAUAACGUACUUACCCGAAGUUGAUAACAUCGUCGUACUUAAGGACGGCGAAAUCACAGAUCUUGGUACUUACAAACAAUUACUUGAUAAACGUGGAGCUUUCGCCGAUUUCCUCAUUCAACAUCUUCAAGAAGUUGGAAAUCUAAAACCGGACGAAGAAUCGGAGGGUGAUCUGUCAAUCAUAAAACAACAAUUGGAAUCGACUAUGGGAACAACUGAACUACAAACAAAAUUGUCGAGCGCAAGAUCCAGAGGUUCCAUUACUCACAGCGAGUCCGGCUCUGCUAACGAGUCGAUAAACGGAUCUUUGCGGAGACAACAAUCAACGGAGAGUUACCACUCAAAGUCCGAAAGUCUCAAUCGAAGUGCCAGUGUAAAGGGGAGGGAUUCUUUACAACCAAAAACCGGUGAAAAGAUAAUUGAAGCCGAAAAAGCAGAAACUGGCAGUGUAAAAUUGAGAGUUUACGUGCACUAUUUGAAGUCAAUCGGAUGGUUUUUGUCGAUAUCGACGAUCAUCAUGAACGCGGUCUUCCAAUCGUUCAGCAUCGGGUCAAACGUUUGGCUCACCAAGUGGUCGGACGACAAUGUGACAAGCACCUCGGGCUCGAUCUAUUAUGAAAAGAGAGACACGUACCUCGGCGUGUACGGAGCUCUGGGCUUGGGUCAAGUAUUAAGCGUGUUUAUUGCCUCACUGUCGGUAAACGUUGGUACGCUGAGAUCAUCGGCAUCGUUGCUGCGCGAAGCUUUGCACAACGUGUUGCGCGGACCUAUGUCCUUCUUCGACACCGUCCCGAUCGGUCGUAUACUAAGCCGUUUCAGUGCUGAUGUCGAUACAAUGGACUCAAAGCUACCGAUGUCAAUUACACAAUGGUUACCCGGUUUGUUUAGGGUCAUUGCCACUCUCGUGGUCAUAAGCUUCAGCACACCGGUAUUUAUCUCGGUUAUUUUACCGAUCGGCGUUAUUUAUUACUUUAUACAACGCUUCUACGUCGCAACAUCCCGACAGCUCAAACGCCUCGAAUCUGUCUCGAGGUCACCGAUCUACUCCCACUUCGGGGAAUCCGUUACAGGCGCGCAAACGAUCAGAGCGUAUGGAGUACAAGAACGAUUCAUUCUCGAGUCGGAGAACCGGGUUGACUUCAAUCAAGUUUGUUACUAUCCGAGUAUCAUUGCGAACAGGUGGCUGGCGAUUCGACUCGAAAUGAUGGGUAAUUUCAUCAUUUUCUUCGCGGCACUGUUCGCCGUUUUAGGACGAGAAACGAUGAGCGCUGGUCUCGUCGGCUUAUCCGUCAGUUACGCCCUUCAAAUAACGCAAACAUUGAAUUGGUUGGUCCGAAUGACGUCAGACGUAGAAACGAACAUCGUAGCAGUCGAGAGGAUAAAGGAAUAUGGCGAAACACCACAGGAAGCAGCGUGGGAAAUAGUUGAAACGACACCACCAAAGGAUUGGCCUUCGGAGGGUCGCGUGGAGUUCCAUGAUUUCAAAGUUCGUUACAGAGAAGGAUUGGAUCUCGUUCUAAACGGACUUAGUUUCUCGGUGAAAGGUGGUGAAAAAAUUGGCAUUGUGGGAAGAACCGGGGCCGGAAAAUCUUCGUUGACUCUCUCCCUCUUCAGGAUAAUCGAAGCUUCCAACGGUCAAAUCACUAUUGACGGUGUCGAUAUCUCGAAGCUUGGUCUUCACGCUCUUAGAUCACGACUUACGAUUAUACCUCAAGAUCCAGUCCUGUUCUCCGGAACUUUGAGACUUAAUUUGGAUCCCUUCGAUCGUCAUACUGACGACGAAAUUUGGAGAGCUCUGGAGCACGCCCAUCUCAAGGCAUUUGUCAAAAGUGGUGUCUCUCGAAAACUGCAAAUGGUUGGGACGACCGGCCUUCCGACUGGUUUGUCGCACGCAAUUUCCGAAGGGGGAGAAAACUUGAGUGUCGGUCAACGUCAAUUAAUCUGUCUCGCAAGGGCUUUACUCAGAAAAACGAAAAUACUCAUUCUUGACGAAGCUACGGCAGCUGUAGAUCUGGAAACGGACGAUCUCAUUCAAAGAACGAUACGACAAGAAUUUAAAGAUUGUACAGUCCUCACGAUCGCACACAGACUCAACACUAUCCUCGACUCGGACCGGGUCAUUGUCCUCGACAGAGGGUACAUCAGUGAAUUUGACUCGCCCGAAGUAUUGCUCGCCAAACCGAACAGUACUUUCCACAGUAUGGCAAAGGAUGCUGGCUUAGUGGCGUAAUAGUUAAUCCGUAUAUUUGCGCGAUCGGUUUACAAAUCAUCGUGGAACCGGACGAUCAAUUACUAAUUAAAACGAGAACAAUUGAAAGGGGAGGACUCAGAUAAUUUUUUCGUAGCACAACCCUACCUCCCCUGUGAAAUAGUGAAAGUAUUUUCAGGCCACAACUCGUCAUUAACGUUCAAAAACCAUAUUUGUUCAAGAAAAUUGAAUCGAAAGCCUCUUAUUCGAGCUGUAUUGAAGCGAUUGCGUCCCUGAAAAAUUUUUCAAUUUUCGAUUUUUCUGUUAUUUAUAAUCUCAUAUAUAUUCAUUACGAUGUAUAAGGGGAAUAAGCUGGCGAGAUAUCAGAAUUACCCGAAAAAAUUCCAACAUUUUUGAUAGAUAUCAUUUAUCUCAUCGAAUAUCUUUUUUCUCUUGCAUAUUGGACUCUGUUUUCAUCAUUUCAAUUACCAUUUUUCGUAUCACUAAUUAAAUAGUAGUAAAAUUUUCAUGAAAACAUCUCUGUCCUUUCAGGUUACGCAAUUUCUUCUUUGGAAAUCCAAUUAUUCGAUCCAUCAUAGAAAUGCACGCUUUAUGCAUAAAGGAUAGGCAGAUUUUUGUUUUCAUAUUAGACACAGAACAUAAAUGAAUCGCGAAUAAUUCAACAAAUGCACUUUUUUUUUAUGACUCUGGAGGUAUCAGAACAUUUAAAAGUGAGAUUCGCUUCAUCAUAGAAAUAUAAAAAUGCACUCGUUUAAACUAGCACUCAUUGUAUAGUCAUCUCGAACUACUGCCAUUUUAGCAGCAUAUUCUGCUUAAUUUAAAACAAAAACGUCGGCUAUAAAAUCACGACACUGUUGUAAGAUGAUGCUCUUUAUGUUCGCGUUAUUUGCAGUUUAUUAUUCCUAUUUUCAAUAUUGGUAUUAUUUAUUAUAAUCAGUGUCAUAUAAUUUCGAUUUUUUUUUAGAUGUUCUUGCCCAAUUUUAUUAAUACAAUUCGUUCUUUCGAGUAAUGAAUAGAAUAAUAAAAACUUUUCCCACUUAUUACGAGCUAUGAUCUAUCGCUUAUUAUUUGAAAAACAAACACGCUUGUAAAAUCUUCUGUAGAAGAAAACUUGAAUGAUUGGACUAUCACAGUAUUGAACUUUUUUGUUGUUGUUGUUGUUGUGACGUAAUUUGAAACUGUUUAUUCUAUAACGUAGACGUAGCCCUGUUUGGCUUGCGGCUCCAUAUUCAAUUAUCUUCCACCAUUUAAUAGUACAAACCGUAGAUGUAUUUUUCCCUCGUUCAACAUCACCCCAGAGAAAGCUUCCACCUUUGUGCUUAGUUGUUUUUCUUUUUUAAACUUCAAACUCGUUAAAAAUAAAUUAUUUUUUCUUUUUUACACAACAAUUAAACUCCCUAUUGAGCAAAACGAAACUUACGAAUUUAUCAACGAUCAGACUUUAUCUCAUGUACAUUGUAUACAUAAUAAAAAUGGGGACACAAAAUCUCCGAAUAAAUACCAUUAUUUAUAUACAUAUGUGUAAAUUAAGUUGAAAAAAAUGCCUCAAUAUUUGACGAUUACACCCUCAAUUCCACAAUUGCUCAGUUGUCGUUGACAGUAAUUACUAUGCAGAAUGUCCCAGAUUAAAUCGAUAAUCAUUUUAACUUCACGACCACAUUACUCGUACAAAAUCUAGGUUUUCAGGUCGGAUUGUUCUCAAUGAAUUAUUGAUAAUCAAAAAGACGAAUCCGCGCUGUUAGACCGUUCACAUUAUGAACACGAUUCAAGAUUUGAGAAAGUACUUAGAAUCGAUAUGAUGGCGCAUAAAAUUUUCCACAAAACGGAGAUGCCAUUCUCAUUUUGGCCAACCGUUUCAAAACUUGAUUCUAAGCUCAUUUGCGAACAUGCAUUUUUGAGCUGAUUUCUCUAUUCGAUUUCAAAACCAAAUUACGAAAAACAAAAAAGGCUCGUGGAGAUCGAUUCAUAAAAGAUCUCACGUUCUACAAAUUAGGCGAAUGUAAAUUGACACUUCUUAUGCUUCAGUAAUUCAAUGAGAAAGUCUGAUGAAAAUUCGAUCUUAAAUUUGAGUGUACAUUAUUGACCGCGUAACCUGGGACGUUCUGCUAAAUGCUACGAGACGUGAUGAUAGUGCAUAUAUUUUCGAUAAUGGGCAGAAAAUUAAAAAUAAAAUAAAUGACAAAUGAGAAACAAACACGUUGCUCAUGAAGAAACAGUGAAAAUUAAAAACGGAAACAAAAAAAGAAAACUCCACAACACGGCAUGCUAGGACUUCGUAGACUCUGCAAUCAUGUUAUUUCUUAUCGUAAAUUUAGGUGCCAGAAGGGGAAGUGCCUUCUUAUAGUACGAUUUGUGUAAUGUACAUAUGUAAACUGGGCCCUUGUACAAGAGUGCGGUAAAGUGUUGUACUAGUUCAUAAGAUUUUGUUUUUUUUUCUCCUCUUUUUCUUCACGUAUUUCUGGUAGUUGUUCGAUCACUCAUAUAAAUUAUCUCUGAAACUCUUGUACUUUUCAUCAAUCAUUAUUAUGAUAUUCGGCCAAAACAACAACGUUACAUGUAAAUUAUUAUUAUAAUAAACUCGAAACGUUCGCUAUCGCGACUCAAAGUUUACCAAAAA